AUGGCAGGAAGCUCGGGCCUAGAGAUGUACGGCGCUGUACUCACUACCAUCUGUAGCGCCUUGAGGUCACAUGCCAAGCGGUUGCCGUACCAGGCGGAGGAUCAUUACCUCCUGCCUCACGCUGUGCUUCCCCCCUCCACGUCUCCUCAGGAGGAUCAUUACCUCCUGCCUCACGCUGUGCCUCCCCCCUCCACGUCUCCUCAGGAGGAUCAUUACCUCCUGCCUCAUGCUGUGCUUCCCCCCUCCACGUCUCCUCAGGAGGAUCAUUACCUCCUGCCUCAUGCUGUGCCUCCCCCCCCCUCCACGUCUCCUCAGGAGGAUCAUUACCUCCUGCCUCACGCUGUGCCUCCCCCCUCCACGUCUCCUCAGGAGGAUCAUUACCUCCUGCCUCACGCUGUGCCCCCCCCCCCUCCACGUCUCCUCAGGAGGAUCAUUACCUCCUGCCUCACGCUGUGCCUCCCCCCCCCUCCACGUCUCCUCAGGAGGACCAUUACCUCCUGCCUCAUGCUGUGCCCCCCCCCCCCCUCCACGUCUCCUCAGGAGGAUCAUUACCUCCUGCCUCAUGCUGUGCCUCCCCCCCCCUCCACGUCUCCUCAGGAGGAUCAUUACCUCCUGCCUCACGCUGUGCCUCCCCCCUCCACGUCUCCUCAGGAGGAUCAUUACCUCCUGCCUCACGCUGUGCCUCCCCCCUCCACGUCUCCUCAGGAGGAUCAUUACCUCCUGCCUCACGCUGUGCCUCCCCCCUCCACGUCUCCUCAGGAGGAUCAUUACCUCCUGCCUCACGCUGUGCCUCCCCCCUCCACGUCUCCUCAGGAGGAUCAUUACCUCCUGCCUCACGCAGUGCCUCCCCCCCUCCACGUCUCCUCAGGAGGAUCAUUACCUCCUGCCUCACGCUGUGCCUCCCCCCCCUCCACGUCUCCUCAGGAGGAUCAUUACCUCCUGCCUCACGCUGUGCCUCCCCCCUCCACGUCUCCUCAGGAGGAUCAUUACCUCCUGCCUCACGCUGUGCCUCCCCCCCCCCCUCCACGUCUCCUCAGGAGGAUCAUUACCUCCUGCCUCACGCUGUGCCUCCCCUCUCCACGUCUCCUCAGGAGGAUCAUUACCUCCUACCUCACGCUGUGCCUCCCCCCUCCACGUCUCCUCAGGAGGAUCAUUACCUCCUGCCUCACGCUGUGCCUCCCCCCCCUCCACGUCUCCUCAGGAGGAUCAUUACCUCCUGCCUCACGCUGUGCCUCCCCCCUCCACGUCUCCUCAGGAGGAUCAUUACCUCCUGCCUCACGCUGUGCCUCCCCCCCCUCCACGUCUCCUCAGGAGGAUCAUUACCUCCUGCCUCACGCUGUGCCUCCCCUCUCCACGUCUCCUCAGGAGGAUCAUUACCUCCUGCCUCACGCUGUGCCUCCCCCCUCCACGUCUCCUCAGGAGGAUCAUUACCUCCUGCCUCACGCAGUGCCUCCCCCCUCCACGUCUCCUCAGGAGGAUCAUUACCUCCUACCUCACGCUGUGCCUCCCCCCUCCACGUCUCCUCAGGAGGAUCAUUACCUCCUGCCUCACGCUGUGCCUCCCCCCUCCACGUCUCCUCAGGAGGAUCAUUACCUCCUGCCUCACGCAGUGCCUCCCCCCUCCACGUCUCCUCAGGAGGAUCAUUACCUCCUACCUCACGCUGUGCCUCCCCCCUCCACGUCUCCUCAGGAGGAUCAUUACCUCCUGCCUCACGCUGUGCCUCCCCCCCCCUCCACGUCUCCUCAGGAGGAUCAUUGA